GGGCAGCGGCAGGGGGCGGAGGUUGCGGCAAGUGCAGUGGCAGCAGCGAAAGCGGCGACAGCGCCGGCGGUGGAGGAGCUGCCACUGCCGCCGCCGCCCCCUCGCGGCUUCCUUUCCUCCGGGCCCCAGCGGCGGCCGCUGCCGCCGCCGCCACCGCCACGCUGAGCUCCCCGCGGCAAGACCCGCCGCCGCAGCGCAGGACCAAAGCUGCUGUCACGCUGAAGCGCCACAGGUAGCCUUGCUUCGGACGGACCUUUCCGGCAUUUGACCAUUUUGCAGUGGAAUAUCGGAAACGUGCAAAUCUGGGUUUGAAACAAUGAGUUCGGUAGCAGUGUUAACACCCGAGAGCUUUGCUGAGCACCGCAGCGGCCUGAGGGAUGAAGAAGCACGAGGUGGUGUCCCAGAAGAUGAGGCCUACAUCCCUACCUACUUGGAAGCUUUCCCACCGCUCCCGGAAAAGGGGGCCCCAGUAGAAAAAUCCAGUGAGUUCACAGGAGUAUGGAACAAAAUUCGGCCUAUCAAAUCCUCUGUCAUCACCCAGGUGUUUCAUGUUCCUCUGGAAGAGCGACGCUACAAGGACAACAGCCAGUUUGGAGAAGGCGAUGAGGCCAAAGUAUGUGUGGACAUUAUGCAGAAGACGGGGGCUCAUAUUGAGCUUUCCUUGGCCAAAGACCAGGGCCUGUCCAUCAUGGUGACUGGCAAACUGGACUCUGUAAUGAAAGCACGGAAGGAAAUUGUUGCUCGGCUUCAGACCCAGGCUUCAGCUACUGUCACAAUCCCCAAAGAACACCACCGCUUCGUGAUUGGCAAGAACGGCGAGAAACUGCAGGAGCUUGAGCUAAAGACCGCCACCAAGAUCAACAUCCCACGGCCUGAAGACCCCAGCAGCCAGAUCAAGAUCACAGGCACCAAAGAAGGCAUCGAGAAAGCACGUCAUGAGAUCUUGCUCAUCUCAGCAGAGCAGGACAAGCGAGCAGUGGAGCGCUUGAACCUGGAGAAGGUCUUCCACCCAUUCAUUGCUGGGGCCUUCAACAAAACAGUCCAGGAGAUCAUGCAGGAAACAGGGGCACGCAUCAACAUCCCCCCGCCCAGCGUCAGCAAGGAUGAGAUCAUCAUUACUGGGGAGAAGGAACCCGUCUCCCAGGCUCUCCUGCGUAUCCGCAAGAUCUAUGAGGACAAGAAGCGCAAGACCACCACCAUCUCUGUGGAGGUAAAGAAGUCCCAGCACAAGUACAUCAUUGGCCCGAAAGGAAACACCUUGCAAGAAAUCCUAGACACCACCGGGGUCUCGGUGGAGAUGCCACCCCUUGAAAGCAGCUCAGAGACCAUCAUUCUGCGUGGGGAGCCGGACAAGCUGGGACCAGCCCUAACUCAGGUCUAUGCCAAGGCGAAGAGCGUGAUGGUAGCUGAAGUAAUGGCCCCAGCCUGGUUACAUCGUUUUAUAAUUGGGAAGAAAGGACAGAAUAUUGGCAGGAUUACCCAGCAACUCCCUAAGGUUCACAUUGAAUUCACGGAUGGCGAUGAGAAGAUCACUCUGGAAGGACCCACUGAGGAGGUGGAACUGGCUCAAACCCAGAUUCAGGAGAUUGUUCGGGACCUGCUCAGACGAAUGGACUACACCGAAGUGCUUAUUGACCAGAGGUUUCAUCGUCAUCUGAUUGGGAAAAAUGGAGCCAACAUCAACCGCAUCAAGGAACAGCACAAAGUCUCUGUCCGCAUUCCUCCUGACAGUGAGAAGAGCAACCUGAUCCGGAUAGAGGGAGACCCUCAAGGGGUUCAGCUGGCUCGUAAGGAGCUCCUGGAAAUGGCCGCUCGGAUGGAAAAUGAACGCACCAAGGACCUGAUAAUUGAACAGCGCUUUCACCGGACAAUCAUUGGGCAGAAGGGCGAGAAAAUCAAGGAGGUCCGGGACAAGUUCCCAGAAGUAAUCAUCAAUUUCCCUGACCCUUCGCAGAAGAGUGACAUUGUACAGUUGCGUGGGCCCAAAAACGAAGUGGAGAAGUGUGCCAAGUACCUCCAAAAAGUCAUUGCAGAGCUGAUUGAAAACAGUUUUUCCAUCCCGGUUCCCAUUUUCAAGCAAUUCCACAAGAACAUCAUUGGGAAAGGAGGCACCAAUAUCAAAAAGAUUCGAGAGGAAACCAAUACCAAGAUUGACCUCCCUACAGAAAACAGCAAUUCAGAAGUGAUCCUGAUAACUGGGAAGAAGGCCAACUGUGAGGAUGCUCGGGAUCGUAUCUUGGCCAUCCAGAGAGAGCUGGCUAAUAUCAAAGAAGUGGAUAUCUCUAUCCCAGCUAAACUGCACAAUUCGCUGAUCGGGGCCAAGGGGCGGCUGGUGCGCUCAAUCAUGGAGGAAUGCGGUGGGGUGCACAUUCAUUUCCCUUCAGAAGGCUCAGGCAGUGAGAAAGUCACCAUCCGAGGGCCUGGCGAAGAGGUGGAGAGAGCAAAACGUCAGCUACUACAUCUUGCCGAGGAAAAGCAAAUCAACAACCACUCAGUGGAACUGCACGCCAAGCCAGACUACCACAAGUUCCUGAUUGGGCGUGGAGGUGCUAAUAUCCGCAAAGUGAGGGACCGCACCGGUGCCCGGAUCAUCUUCCCCACCCCUGAGGAUAAGGACCAGGAUGUUAUUACCAUUGUGGGGAAGGAGGACGCAGUACGGCAGGCCCAGCAAGAACUGGAGAGUCUCAUUCGUAACUUGGAUAAUGUCAUUGAAGAUUCGAUGGUGGUGGAUCCCAAGUACCACCGCCAUUUUGUGGCCCGUCGGGGACACGUGCUGCGGGAGAUUGCAGAAGAGUACGGUGGGGUCACUGUGAGUUUCCCCCGGACAGGUGUCCAGAGUGAUCGCGUGAUGCUCAAGGGAGCCAAGGAUUGUGUGGAGGCUGCCAAGAGGCGCAUCCUGGAGAUCAUCAGUGACCUGGAGGCCCAGGUAGUUCUGGAAUGCAUCAUCCCACAGCGCUACCAUCGGGUCGUCAUGGGAGUGAAAGGUUACAAGGUGCAACAGAUCACUCGGGAUCAUGAUGUCCUCAUCAAGUUCCCGGAGCGAGAUGACAAUUCAGGUUCAGAAGCACAGUCUCAGGAAAAUGGUGAUGUGAUGCCUGAACUGGACACUCCUCGCAAAUGUGACAUCAUCCUCAUUUCCGGACGCAAGGAGAAGUGCGAGGCUGCCCGGGCAGCUCUGCUGGCUCUGGUUCCCAUCACCAUGGAUGUUGAUGUUCCCUUUGAUCUGCAUCGCUACAUCAUUCGGCAAAAGGGAGCUGGCAUUCGCAAGAUGAUGGAAGAAUAUGAGGUGACUAUCUCAGUGCCGCAACCCGAACAGCAGUCCGAUAUCAUCAAGGUCACUGGCCUCGUCCCCAACGUUGAGCGAGCCAAGGCAGGCCUCCUGGACAGGGUCAGAGAGCUGCAGGCUGAGCAGGAAGAUCGGGCACUGCGAGGGUUCAAGCUGACAGUGAGCGUGGAACCCAAGUAUCAUCCAAAGAUCAUUGGCAAGAAAGGGGCUGUCAUUUCCCAGAUCCGUAAGGACCAUGAUGUCACUGUCCAGUUCCCUGACAAAGGGGAUGAGAAUCAGGAUCUAAUCACGAUCACCGGCUACGAGAAAAAUGCCGAGGCUGCCCGAGAUGCCAUCUUGAAAAUUGUGGCUGAUCUUGAGGAGAUGGUCAGUGAAGAUGUCCGCCUGGAUCACAGGGUCCACGCCCGCAUCAUCGGAGGGAGAGGCAAAGCUAUCCGCAAACUCAUGGAAGAAUUCCGGGUGGAUAUCCGCUUCCCGCAGCCAGGCUCCAGUGACCCAGAUAGAGUCACAGUGACGGGGCUGCCUGAAAACGUUGAUGAUGCAAUCGACCACAUGCUUAACCUGGAAGAGGAAUAUAUGAUGGAUGUGGUGGAAACGGAAACCAUGGCUGCUUAUAUGAAGCCCCCCUCCCGCUUGGAAGAGGAACCUCGGGGCCCGGCCAAGGGCUUUGUAGUGCGUGACGCCCCCUGGAAUGCAUCUGGGAACAAGGCCCCGGAUGUGAGCAGCGCCGAAGAGUUCCCCAUUUUUGGCACUGGUGUGGUCCCUAAGCAGGCAUCAGUUUGGGGCCCUAAGAAGUUUUGAGGUCAGGGACCACGACUGGCUCUCCAGGCCGGACCUCGCGGGGGCUUUCUUGCACCACCCGCUUCCCGCCGCCGGCCACCUCUGCUGUCCAGAUUCCUCCUCCUCGCCUGCACUCCUCUCCGUGACUCUGUGCGAACCAUUAACCGAUCAAAAAGCCAUAGCCUUCCUCCUGUUCCUUCUUCUCGUCAAGCCAAAAGUAGGCCAGGUUGCAAGCACACAUAUGUAAAGGAGCCUCACGCAACUAGCAGGUUUUCCCUCCCCUCUCUAUGCCAGAUUUCAGGGCAUUAUUAUCUCCUGGCCAGACUUGGCUGUCGGACCCCGCUUCCGCCUCUCGGCCGAGAGUGGGGUAGGCACAGGCCUUCCUGGGACUGUUCCGUCUCCUCCCGGGGCAGGUCUUGGCGAGUUCCGUGCAUCCGGAUCUCCUGGAGGAGCCGGCCUGGGGCUCGGGGGUUCAGACCUGCAGAAGCCGAAGCGCGGUUGGCACAGGCCUUCCUCCCCAUCCGCCAAAACAAUCACCUGCUUUCGGGUGCCCAAAGCAGCUGGACCUCAGCUUCUGUUUCCUGGCUACACCAGUAAGUUUGGAGCUGUGCCUUUGGGAGAUGACUAAAACUGGUCGAGUGUCAUGGAGGUUGGUGGCUUUUGUGGGGAGAGGGGGUGACUAUCUAGGAACAAGAUUCUGGCUUCAUGUGGGUGAAGGACCCACUUUGGAAGCAGGUAGCACUUAGAAACUUUGGCAACUAGCAGUCUUCGUUCUCCUUCCCCUUUUCACUCCCAUGAUCCAGUCUGGAGUCCCAGAAUGUUUUUCUUUUUCUCUUCUUCCAUUUUCAGCUGCUUCCCAUCUCUGCCCCCCCCCCACCUUUAUUUACUCUGCUUUCCCUUCCCUGCGUCUUCCUUGAACUUGGCACUUGCUUUGAACCGUCAGGGGAAAAUAUGCAAUGUUGAACCAAGAGACAGAUGAUCGUUUUGACUCCCCUUUCUUUCGGUGGCUAUUCCACAUCAUCCUUUCCAGGUUUUAAACUGUGACUUCUAGAGUGUGUAUGUGUGGGUGUGUGUGGGUGUGUGUCUAUGAGUGCAUGGGUAUAAAUGAGAAAGAUGAAGAUGCGAGUAAGCACCCCAGCUCCAUCUGCCCCCCCCUCCAGUUUGCCCCAUCUGCGUGACAAGGCAAAACAAAACACAUAAAAAAAAACCUAGCAGAGUGACAUAACCAAGUUUUUAAUUUUUCCUUUUUUCUUCUGAAGGCAGGGUUCUGGGGAGAAAUAAAAAUAUGACAAAAAUCAGAACACACUAUUGGCCUUAACAGAAAAAAAAGAGGGAGGGGGGAGAGGAAAAAAAGAAACCUAAGUUUGACAAAGGAAAUAUGCAAAGUCUGUAGGUCACGUGGUGACUGGGUUUUUUUUUCUAAUUCCAAAUAAUAAACAGUGUGGGGAAAAUAAA